CUGACAAGCAUUUAAACAAUUAGAAUAUAGGAUGUAAAUACUUUAAGUCUAACUAGAGGCAAAAGCAAGUAAAUAACAAAGUAUCUUUAACUAAGUGUUCUUGACAACUUUAAUGAUUUACAAGAACCAAUAUUGAUUUCUCGAUUAGAAGUACUCCGGAAUGGUUUCACUUACUUCCAUUAUUCCAUGCUCAUCUUCUUCUUCAUGUCCCAGUUUCUCAUCGAUACUGCUAAUAUCCUCUGCAAAAACCACUGAAAAUACUUCCUGCUGCUUGAGAAUAAGAUCAACCGGAUUGUUAUGGCAGAGAUCAUUUUCAAGCUCCCCGAGGCACCUGAACAUAAAAAGUGCAGCAACAAAACCUGCCAAGUCACCAGCUGAGGAGGACUGGAAGGUUAAAAGAGAAUAUCUCCUAGAGAAAAGGGUAAGAAGUGUUGAUCCCAAGGAAGCUCUGCGUCUUCAGAAGGAAAAUGGUUUUGUGAUUCUUGAUGUAAGACCUGAGGCAGAAUACAAAGAGGCCCACCCACCAGGAGCUAUCAAUGUGCAAAUAUAUAGACUUAUAAAGGAGUGGACAGCAUGGGAUAUUGCUAGACGUGCUGCAUUUGCAUUUUUCGGCAUCUUUUCUGGCACAGAAGAGAAUCCAGAGUUCAUAAAAAGUGUUGAAUCAAAAUUAGACAAAGACGCAAAGAUAAUAGUAGCAUGCUCAGCUGGGGGUACAAUGAAGCCAUCCCAAAAUCUCCCUGAAGGUCAACAAUCAAGAUCAUUGAUAGCAGCCUACUUGCUUGUCCUCAAUGGUUACAAAAAUAUAUUCCACUUAGAAGGGGGCCUUUAUUCAUGGUUCAAGGAGGAGUUGCCAGCAGUAUCUGAGGAGUGAUAUUCACAUCCAAAAUGGAGAAACAUGGAAAAGCUCAAGUUUUGCUCCACAUGGAAGUGUUCAUGUAAAUGUUUCAUGCCAGACUAUUUUGUCCAUAGAUUGAAAACAUUCUUUGUUUCAAACUGAGAUCUAAACCUAUUAGGAGGCUUAUUUCAUUGAACAUCCAAUCUAGAUUCCUUUUCUA